AUGUCUCAAUUACAAGAAUACACUUCACUGUGGUGGCCAGAAGAGCGAAUUAAGACCAUCCUCGAUGCUAAAUAUAUCGUCAGUCGCCUGAGACCCGAGAAUAUCCCGCGGCUCUUCGAAUUACCGGACUGGGGCGAAGGUUUGACCAGUGAAACGUAUAUGGAAUGGAUCCUCCUGAAGGCCGGCCGUGUCUUUCUGAUCCUCGAGGCGAUUGGAAUCCCUGAUCGGAUCUUCGCGCUAGUCGAUGAAUCGUGUGACGAUGAUGACCUCCCCGUCGCCGAGCACAGCAUUGACCUACUCCGCCUUUCGCCCGAUGGGGAAGACAUCGCUCUAGAUACUCGAUUCUUCCACGCUCAAUGGCGAUAUCUGGUCCGUGGAAUUGCCGAGGGAGAGCAUGUCAUCUAUACCGAGAACGAAGGCGUCCCUGUGGAGGCAUUCCGCACCAACACCAACAGCGGGAUCCACGGUCGUGACGACACUGUCGACAGAGUGGUUCUCGCGGGCUCCGUCUGUCGAGUCUUGAUGCGGACUCAAGUGCAAAUUGGCGGUGCACCACAUUUCUUCUCGGCGGACGAGGUCCUCGCCGAGAUCCGCAAGCUACGAAAAUUGUCACACGAGCACGUCGUCUCGGUUUAUGCUUCAUACCUCAAAGAGGACAGCGUCUGCGUACUCUUCACCGGCGCCACGGCCGAUCGCAACCUCCACAGUUUCCUCACAGAUGAGCCUCUAUCUUUCAAACGGCUCACCAAAGAGCAGCGCCGUCAGAUUCUGAUUACCUGGCCACACUGCCUGGCAUCGGCAGUCUCUUGGCUGCAUGCACGGGGCCACUCCCAUGGCGCAAUCCGUCCUUCCAACAUCUUCGUCGACGCCAAUUUCCAUAUCUGUUUGGGUCAAUUCCAGGCCCUCGAUUCCCUCCUCACGCCACCUCAUGUCAAUGACCUCGAGGCAUACAACUACUCAGCGCCAGAGCGCUGGACUCGCACUGCAGCCCCAGUCAUUCAAAAGCCGCAACCACAAACUCCAACGCUCCAAGCCUCAGGAGGCCGCACAAAGCGCAGACAAAAGCCAGCCCGGCUCGCCCUGGCUCCAUUGAACGAGAGCCCGCCUUCCUCCCCAGAAUACACAAGACCAGACUCCGCCGCCUCGAAGGGCACGGUUAUCCGCAUCGGUUUACCAAACUCACCGUCCCGCUUCUCUCUCGCCUUCUCGUCAUCUUCGUCCUCAGCGGCGUCAGCGGCCUCUUCCUCUGGCUACACAGAGGCAACCACCACAAAGAAACACCGCAUCCCCGCCUUUUGGUCUCGCCGCAAAGGUCCCCCCUCAAUAACUUCCUCAACCUCAUCCUCCGCAACCUCAACCUCAACACCCUCCAUCCCCCCAUCCCCCUCUCCCUCCUCUCUCCACCCUCCAAGCCCCCUGAGCCCAAACCCACCCCGCUCCCUGUCCCCAAACCCCUUCUCCCUCCCAACCCAAACACCCGGCCCGCCCCAGUCCCCAGCAGAUAUCUUCUCCCUCGCAGCCAUAACCCUCGACAUCCUCACAACCCUGCACAAAAGAACGCUACAGUCCUUCGCCUCGCACCGCAGCGCGCGCAACCGCUCUGCCGGCCGCGGCGGCGGCAUGGCAGAUGCGAGUUUCCAUCUGCCGCGGAAUGCAGUGCAGAUACAAAGUUGGAUUGCGCUUUUAGAGGGCGAUGCGCUAAAGAGGUGUCGUCGUGAUAGGCGGUCUGAUGUGGCUUUUUGGGCGGUGCCGAGGAUGUUGAUUGUGGUCCGGGCUAUGCUUGAUUGUGAGAGCGGGAAGAGGCCGCUUGCUAGGAGGGUGAGGAGGUGUUUUGCUGCGGCUGUUGAGAGGGUUGGGGGGAAGGGGCCGUUGGCGCUUCAUUGUAUUAGGAGGAAGGAGAAGGGUGGGGAGAAGGAAAAUAAAGUGGUGAAGGUUGAGGAGCAGCGUGGGUUGGAGGCUAUUAAUGAGAAUGGGAUGGGGAGUAACAUGGGGAGCUCUGUUUCUUUUGCGCCGUCUGUUGUUCCUUCGGAGUCGGCUUCAGAGUUUGAUUUUGGGUUUGGGGAUGCGAGUGGGAGUGAAAGUCAUAUUGAAGAUGAAGACGAGGAUGAUGAACCUGAGAUUCGGGACGUGAUUCAAAAAAAGAAACAUGAGCAAGAUGGACAAGGCCGAGAAGAAGAGCAGGAUCCCGAAGAGGAACUGGAUAAUUCCGAGUAUGAAUCCGAACCUGAUAUACGAAUCCAGCAGGAUUCGCCGCAGUUCUACCUGCCAGAGUUGGAUGUGAACAUUACUGGGAUUGAAGGAUUGACGUUUAAUGAUUUCAAUCGCUGA